AGGGGUCCAGGCAUGGAGAGGGCGCAGUACCGCGCUAUCCUCCGUAUCGUUGACACGUCGAGCGGAAAGAGUGCGGCGAGGAAGAAAGGAGAGAGGAUCAAGGAGAGAGAGAGAGAGAGGAGGACGAUCGCGCGAUCUCGCGCUCGCUCAUCGAUCGGCGAUUCACGUGAUCGUGCGCGAACAUAACCAUUCUUUUAUCCGUCCGUGAGGAACUUCCGGCCCGCGACGUGGUGGAAACCGCGCGUCGACUUCCACCUGCGUGCGCUCUCGAUGAUCUAUCGGUGAUCGGUCGAUCCGCGUAGAUCGUCCGGGAUCGUCCGCGUGGCUCGUGGUGAACGAUAAUAUAAUUCGCGAGUGAUUUGAAGUGAAAUUUAUAUCUCGUGUGCCUGUCCCCGAGGGAGCCGCGCUGUCAGGGACGAUGCUGGCAUUCCUGCUCGCCGCGGCGUUCGCCGUCGCGAGGAUCCACGCCAGUCAGGUGACCAUGGACGCCAAGAUACGUGACGACUCCGAUCUGUCUCAGUUUUACCAGCUCCUGGAAGCCAGUCAAGUGGCCAAUACUACCCUUACGUACCGCCACGUGACCGUGUUUGCGCCUACUAAUCGAGCGUUCCAGAAGUACAAUGGAAGCACGAAGAAUCUGGUUUUGUAUCACAUGUCGAAUCGGCCUUUGACGAUCGAGGAGUUGAGGGAUUCGAUAUCCUCCGAGUUGGAGGGCAACCCACCCUUGUGGAUUACAAGAAGACCGAGCAGAUACGGCGUGGAUGUGUACAUUAACAAUGCGAUGAUCCUCUUGGAGCAGAGCAACUUUCAGUCGAAACUGAAAGUCAACGGCGACACCAUGACUCAGGUCUUACACAUCAUAAACGAAGUGCUGGAACCUGUGCGGUCCAAUUCGGCAGAAUCGCCGAUUUACAACCCGAAUGCUUUUCAAUUUCUGAACCAGAGCGAGAAUCUCAAUUUGGGCAUUUAUCGCGUUCGUACCUUCCGACAACGGAUCAUCAUCGAGAAGAAGGAAGCUAUCUUCAAGGCCGAGGGUCGUUUCACAUUUUUCAUCCCCAUUGACGAGGGCUUCAAGCCGGAACCAAGACCGCAGAAGAUUGAUCAGCUGGUGAUCGACGGUCAUGUUUUACCCAGCCAGGUCCUCUUCACCGCACCAACGCCAGACAAGGUGCCGUAUCCAACCCUCGUGUUCUCCGACAAUCUGAAAGUCACCGCCAGCUUCCUGAAGGCGCAAAAUAAAGUCUACGUCCAAUCAAACACGAUAGUGGGCGAUUCGACCCACCAGCCUGGGGUGGUGCUGGCGGAAAUAGUGAAGGCGAACAUCCCCGUGCGUAACGGCGUGGUCCAUCUGAUACAACGACCACUCAUGGUCAUCGACACCACCGUAAAGGAUUUUCUGGAGUCCUUCAAGGGCAUCGAAAAGGAGGAUGGACCGGUGUAUAAGUUUUACGAGACCAUCCGUGAUUUCGGGGACGAGAUCAUGAGCUCCAUCAGUCAUCUGAAUGACGUUACCCUCUUCGCGCCCAGCAACGACGCGCUGGAGGAACCAGGCGUGAAGCAGAUGCUGCAGGACAAGAAUCGCAUGAAGGAAAUCCUCAAGCUUCACUAUGUCAAGGAGAGACUAACUCUUGACAAGAUCAAAGAUAAGAGCCAGAAACCAUUUGGCGGGAAGCCGCACCUCGGGGUGCAGACCGCCGCCGACAAGAAGAAGCUCUACUUCAACGUGAUGCAGGGACCGCGGCAGAACCAGACCGUCACCGUCGAGGGCGGCGGCGUCAACGCGACCAUCAUCACCCCCAACAUCGCCGCCACCAACGGGAUUAUCCAUAUAAUCGACAGGCUUCUCGGAGUGCCCUACACCACCGUACUCGACAAACUCAGAACCGACCCGAUGCUCAACUCGACCUACUUCCUGGGCCAGCGACGUGGAUUCAAUGAUCAGCUGAACGACACGACGAAACGGUUCACGUACUUCGCCCCGCUCGAUUACGCCUGGAAAGACGCGGAGAACAACUAUCCGUCAACCACUAAGAAGCUCUUCAUGCCCGACUACAGUUAUCACACGAAACAGAUAUUGGAGCGACAUCUCGUAAUAGCGGAUCAGGCGUACACGAUGGCCAAGUUGAAAGAGAUGAGCAACGAUACCCUCUUCCUGCCGGCGGCCAGGGACGUCCUGAAGCUUCGCGUCCGGGAGUACGGCGAAAAUGGUGACGAAAACGCAAUCCGUCCAGAAUCAUUCGCCUACCAAGUGGAAUGGGAGGGCAAGAAGAUCCGCGUCAUCCGUCCGGACGUCGAGUGCACCAACGGCAUCAUCCACGUGAUCAACGGCGUGUUCCUCAAGGACAGCGACGUCCGGGUGACGGGCGGCGCGUCGCUGGCCACCCUCGCGCCCCACCUAAUCAUGAUACUGAUAGCCAAGUGGCACCUGUAAAGAUCCUCAUCGCGUCGCAUCGUCCCGCAUCUGCUGCAGGUGCGUCUGUAGGAAUUCUCCUUGGGGGGCCGUCUCGAGCGACAACGAUGACGACAACGACGAUGACAAUGACGAUAACGACGAUGACAAUGACGAUAACGACGACGACGACGACGACGACGACGACGACGACGACGACGACGACGCAACGCGGAAAAGCACGGCGGGUAGGCACGGUCGAUCGUCCCGUUCAAUCGGAUCUUCCGAAAGGACAUUUAUUAUCGUGUAGACAAGAAGCGGGGGAAGAGUGAGAAAAUGGGGAGAAGAGAAAAUCACGAGAAUCCAAAGAUCCAAUGAUGCCCGGGAAUCCGCGAGAUUCCAUCCAGGGACCUAAACGAUCCGAAGACAGCGGGAUCGUAGGGUGGAUGGGGGAUUCGCGGGAUCUCUGGAGAUCCGAGGAUUCUCUCGCGUACGUGGCUCUAAAAGGAUCGCCGAUGAGAAGGUGAAAGAGCGGGGGAGGGGAAGGGAGGAAGAGGAGCGAAGAAGAAAAGUGUCCGAUCGGGGUUACAUUAGCGAUCGUAUGGAGGCACGAAGGGGAGCUCUCACCGAGGGAAGGACGACCGAGCACUCACGAUCGCACGGCCUCAAAAAGCCAGGAUAGCCUAUUAUUUAUUGAGUAAUCGUCCGUGGACGUAGCGGGACAAUUUUACGGGUUAGAAGCGUUAAUUGUACCAAAUAAAUGGUUAAUCUCGUACCAAGUAAUCUAAAUAAAUUUAUUGAAUGACGGAGGGGGCGUAGUGGAAGGCCAGGGAGAGGUAGAGAUUUCGAGGAACCUACUUCGAGUAGAAGGGCAACGACACGAAUUUGCAAUAUCCUGUAACAUCAUGCGACUGUUAGCGAGCAACGAAUGACGUGUGAGAUGCAAAUAAAAAUCGCUUUUUAAUCGUCGAUCAUCUUUCUUCCCUUAUCAUCUUCACUCGAAUUGAAGAAAAUCGUUAGAUUUCGUGUCUUUGCGAAUCGCAAAAAAAAAAAAGAUUUAUGAUUUUUCAGUUGCGUGAAUCAAUCGAUCGAUAAUUAUGCGAUUUAAUUUCAUACUUCACGCGUCGUUCUUGUAAGACUAAUAAAAACUUAAUAGCGCAUCAAGAUGUUCCGCAUAACGCUUAAAGCAAGACUUUGAGAUUCCCACGUGGAAUCCUACGAUUUUAUACGACACAUAAUCGUAAAGUCCAAAA